AGACGGAGAGAGCGCCUCAGUAAAUAUAGGCAACUAGAAAGCUUGUAGUUGAGACUGUCCGUCGCUUUUGCUCAGAUUUCAGACACACAAGAGAAGAGAAACACAACUAAAAAAAAAAAAAAAUGUACCGCGUCUCGAAACUUCGCAGCUCCACCAUCGCACUUUCCUCCGUUCUCUCUCUUACACGCUUCUCCUCCUCUUUCUCCGAAUCUAGCUUUGUACAUCCCACUGCCAUAGUUCACCCCAAUGCCGUUCUCGGUCAGGGUGUUUCAAUUGGUCCCUUUUGUACUGUUGGGUCUUCUGCAAAGCUUGGGAAUGGUUGUCGAUUGAAUACGGGAAGCCAUAUAUAUGGAAAUACAGAAUUGGGGGAGCGUUGCGUUCUUAUGACUGGUGCUGUGGUCGGUGAUGAUCUUCCUGGGCGUACAGUGAUGGGAUCAAAUAACAUGAUAGGACAUUAUGCUAUUGUUGGUGUGAAAUGCCAAGACUUGAAAUACAAGCCAGGUGAUGAAUGUUUCCUUGAUGUUGGGGACAACAAUGAGAUCAGAGAACAUACCUCAAUCCACCGAUCCUCAAAGUCACGUGAUAGAACAGUUAUUGGAAAUAAUAACCUCAUCAUGGGAUCUUGUCAUAUUGCUCACGAUUGCAAAGUAGGGAACAAUAAUAUUUUUGCGAAUGGCACGCUUCUAGGAGGACACGUUGUGGUUGGAGACCAUGCUCACACUGCAGGGGCUACUGUUGUUCAUCAGUUCUGCCAUAUUGGCUCCUUUUCUUUCAUUGGUGGUGGUUCUGUGGUUUCACAGGAUGUGCCCAAGUAUAUGAUGGUUUCAGGAGAAAGAACUGAGCUUCGGGGUUUGAAUCUGGAGGGCCUUCGACGUCAUGGAUUCACAUCUACUGAGAUCACAAGCCUAAGAACAGCUUAUAGAAGGAUUUUCAUGCCUGUUGACGAGGAUGUUCGAGGUUUUGAAGAACGCCUUGCUGAAUUGGAGCAGGAUGAAAAACUGGCAAAUGUUCCUGCAGUAUGUUACAUGGCGCAGUCUAUUCGUGAUUCUUUUGAAGAAAGCCGGCGAGGAAUAUGCAAAUAUAGACAUUGGACUAGUUCUUAAAUCCAUCUAAUGAACCUCAAGGCUGUAUCUGGACUUUCUGGAAAUAGAGAGAGAGAAAUUUCGCUAUGAAAUGUCGCAGUUACCGAGUGAUUUUGAUUUCCGUUUUCCUUAGCAGAUUAAGCUUAGUUUUUGUUAUCUUGCAAGAUGGAGGAGGAUUUGGACUGAUACUGUAUAAAGACAUUAACAUGAAGCUCUUUAGUUGAGUUGUUUUGAAGGUUGAUUUCUUUAGCACUUCCCAUUAUUUAAGGGAAAAAAUCUGUUGUUUAAGGCUAUAAUACAGAGAGAAUUUGCAACGUGUAUCAUGACGUUAAAGGAUUGAAAUAUUGAGCUUCUCUGUUGUUCAG